AUGACUGAAGGAUCUCAGAUGCAGCAGCCUGAGUUUUACCAGGACUCUGGAGCUGGCCCUCCUACCCAUUUUCCUGAGGCCCAGUCUAUGGAUCCUCGCAACUCGCUUGAGGACUAUAACCGUACUAUGCUGCACUAUACUCAACGCCAGAUGUCGACUUUUGUUGAUCUCGACGGUCCUGGCAACUCUCGCGGAAACGGAACGAGCAGCCGUAGUAGUCAAAGCUCUGGCAACAGCGACAAUUCAUCCAACGGUGUCUUGGCUAGCCAGGCCAACGGCCCUCCGCCAACGUCCGCUGGUUCUUCCGCCGAUAUGAUGAAGUCUAAUGCGAUGGACCAGGCCACAUCUGGCUAUUAG